AUGAUUGCAUCCGGCGGUGUUUCUGAGAAAACAGAGCUGCGACAACAACGCUCGCUCACAGACAAAGGACUUGAGGUUUAUGAAGGUCAUGUUAAGAAAUAUAAACUUUCAUUACAUGAAAUACAACAAACAUUGGACUCUAUCAUUGCCUCGGCAGUAUCUUAUCCCCCUGUUGCAGUGAUAAAUGAACUUAAGCAACAAUCUGAACAUUAUUUAAAUGUUUACACUGAAUUUUGUGACUAUCUUGUCAGUGUACGAUCAGAGCAAAGUGACACCGAGAAAAAUAAUGCAUAUUCCAUGAAAGAAGUUUUGAUGUCUUUUAUUCAUGACAAGAUAAAAGAACUGGAGUGGAAAUCAACACAUGAUCCACUUAAAACAGAGCACAUGAAGAGUGAAAGUCUGGAUAAAAUAGUUCCUGUUUUUACUGAACCUAACAUGAACAAACAGUCAUCCCCCAUUAGGAAGGAAAAUUCUCAUUCAAAGGCACAAUCUAUUAAGUCACGCUUAAGUGCCAAAUCGAAACAUUUGUCAUCAACACAUUCACAUGUCAGCUCCCUGUAUGUGAAACAAAAGGCCAAAUUAGAGGAAGCUCGUGUUCGAUUAAAAUUUGCUGAAAAGGAAGCUGAUAUUCUUAGAGAACAAGCAAAUCUGAAUGCCAAACUAAAGAUUCUUGAAAGUGAAAGGCAGUUAGAAGAAUGUGCGCAAGGUCUUAGUGCAAUGGAUGAAUUUCUCGAUGUGGCAGAUUCGAAUUCAAGUGUGAGUGACCCUGAAUUAUCAAAUACUGUUAAAACGCGAACUAGACAGUAUGUACAUGAUGUCCAGUUACAGGAUCAUGAACAUUUAUCUCAAACAAACAUUUCAAAAAUUCGAGUACCAGUUCUCGCGGAUCACCCUGUUAAUGAAUACAAGACUCUGAAUGAUUGUGCUCUAGAUAUGAAUGCCAACAGAGUUCUGCCGAAAAAUGAUACUCCUCUCAACCCUGAAGCUACACCAUUUGUGAAGAGGGAGGAAAAUAUCUGCAUCGAGUUUUCGAAAUAUAUUGUGAAAAAAGAUAUGCUGCUGAAAAGAAUCCAUGAUUUUGAUGAUAGACCUGAAUCAUUUGGUUCCUGGAAAAAAACAUUCCGAGAUGUAGUGAGUGAACUCAACCUUAGUGCAGCAGAGGAAGUAGAUCUGCUUAUUCGUUACUUAGGACCAGAGUCAAAGAAGUCAGCAAUAACUAUUCGCUCUGCAAAUUACAGUGACCCAAAUUGUGCUAAAGACAGAAUUUGGCAGAGAUUGUCAGAUCGUUAUGCGCGACCUGAGAUGGUCGAAUCUUCCGUCAAACAGAAACUGUUAUCUUUUCCGAAAAUUACAAACAAAGACUUCAAGCGUCUGUAUGAACUUGUUGAUAUUGUGGUAGAGAUUGACUCACUGAAGAAUGAGGAUCAAUUCAAAAACUUAUUUGCAUCAUAUGACUCAUCAGCAGGAGUUAAUUUGAUUGUAGCUAAGCUUCCAUAUCAGUUGCAAGAGAGGUGGACUACAGAGGCUAGUAGAUACAAGGAGGAAAAUGAUACAGCAUACCCACCAUUUCACGUGUUUGUGACUUUUCUGGAAAAGAUGGCUAGACGAAAAAAUGAUCCUUCAUUUGCAUUUGAGGACUCAUACAAAUCGAAACAAGUGAAAAGUGAAUAUGGUACACGCCCCAUCUCUGUAAGCGUGAAAAAAGUUGACAUACCUACAGAACAGGAAGUCAAAGGACCACUAUGCCCCUUGCAUAAAACAUCUCAUAGCCUAAAUAAGUGCUUCCAAUUUCGUCGAAAACCAAUACAGGAGCGGAAGGAAUUUCUCUCCAGUAAAGGACUGUGCUUCAAGUGUUGCGGCCACAAGCCUCACUUAGCAAAACACUGUCGUUCAACUGUGAAAUGUGGUAUAUGUAAGUCUACUCAUCCGACAGCCUUACAUGAGGACAGGAUUCAGUUUAUGGAACAAACGAAUAACUGUUUGUCAUCACUGGAACAUGAAGUGACCACAAGGUAUACAACCUUAUCAGGAUCAAGCAGAUCAUGUGCCAAAACAUUACUUGCUCGAGUUUACCAAGAUGGACAGCGAGACCGUGCUCUUGAAUUAUAUGUGAUAAUCGAUGAACAGAGUAAUCGUUCAUUAACGAGAUCAUCACUCUUUGAUCAUUUUGGAAUAUCAGGACCUGAAUUGCCAUAUUCUCUUUCAUCUUGCUCUGGAUUGUCAACAGAGUAUGGCCGUAGGUGCUCUAACCUUAUCAUUGAGUCAUUCGAUUCAUCAUGUAAGAUGAAAGUACCCACGCUUAUUGAGUGUGAUCAGAUACCGGAUCAAAGAGAUGAAAUCCCCUCGCCAUCAGCAGCAAAAGUACAUUCACAUCUAAGUGACUUAGCGGACGCUAUACCACCUAUAAGAGAUGAAUCCCAGAUACUCUUGCUUUUAGGACGAGACUUGCUGCCUGCACACCACAUUCUUGAACAGAGACUAGGGCCUAUUCAUGCACCAUUUGCACAAAGACUUCGGCUAGGCUGGGUCAUAAUUGGCGAUGUGUGUCUAGGUACAAGCCACAAACCAGAUGAAAUAUCUGUUAUGAAAACUUUCACAUUGAAGGAUGGACGAACGACAAUGUUUCAACCCUGCAUGAGUAACAUGCAUGUUGCAAAUGAUCACAUCUUUGAGAAAAGAAAGGAUGAUGAUACUCCAGGUCUUUCAUAUGAAGACAAGCAAUUUUUAGAAAUUAUGGACAAGAAAAUGUACAAAGGUCAGGACGGAUGUUGGACAGCUCCAUUGCCUUUCCGGCAAAACCGUCAAUAUCUUCCUAACAAUAAGCCACAAGCAAUGAAAAGAGCUCGCAUGUUGGAUGCAAAUUUGCGUCGAAACCCUGAAAAAAUGAAACACGCUGUAGGCUUUAUGAAGAAAAUUCUUGAUUGCGAACAUGCUGAAGAAGCACCAGAAUUGCAUGCCAGUACUGAAUGUUGGUAUUUACCACUUUUCGCUGUGUAUCAUCCCAAAAAACCUGGGAAUAUUCGCUGCGUAUUUGACUCAUCUGCAAAAUAUGGAGGCGUCAGUCUUAAUGAUGUUCUUUUAACAGGACCAGAUUUAGUGAACUCACUCCUAGGAAUUCUUCUGCGAUUUAGACAAGGCCCUGUGGCGAUAACAGCUGAUAUAGAGCAAAUGUUCUAUCGCUUCUCUGUCCCCGAUGACCAUCGUAACUACCUUAGGUUCAUGUGGUACAAGGACAAUGAACCAAGUCAGGAGAUGAUAGAGUACCGUAUGACAAGACAUGUGUUCGGCAACAGUCCUUCGCCGGCAGUGGCAACAUUUGGACUCCGCAAAUGUGUAUCUACAGCAGAUGAAGAUGUGAAAAGCUUUGUUCUCAACAACUUUUACGUUGACGAUGCUUUAAUGUCUGUAGACACCUGUGAAGAAGCCAUUAGUAUACUCUCUCGUACUCAGACUAUCUUGAAGGAGGAAGGAAACAUUCGGUUGCACAAAGUAUCAUCAAAUUCUCUUAAUGUGAUCAAGUCCUUCCCUACGGAAGACCUUGCCAAGGAGGUCAUCGACAUUAAUCUAGACUUAAGUGAGGCAUCCUUACAUCGUAGCUUAGGAGUAAGUUGGGACGUAUUCAAAGACUCUUUCACUUUUCGAGUAUAUUGCAAUGACAGACCAUUCACAAAAAGGGGUCUAUUAGCUACUAUCAACAGUUUAUACGACCCUAUUGGGUUUGUGUCACCAGUGACUAUCGGAGGGAAGUUCAUUCUCCAAGAUGUUAUGUCUACAGUAACCGACUGGGAUGAACCACUUUCUCAGGAGUUCUCUACACGUUGGAGGGACUGGAAGGAAUCGCUAAUAAACCUUGAAUCAGUCGUCAUACCUAGAUGUUACGCUAAUCUUGUGUCCAAUCAGGUCACCCGCAGAGAACUACAUGUAUUCUCCGAUGCAUCUUCUAGGGCUAUAGGUGCAGUAGCUUACCUCAGAAUUUUUGACGUUAAUGGAGACCAUCACAUAAGUUUUGUACUUGGCAAGUCCAGAGUAGCGCCCACACAUGGUCAUACCAUUCCGCGCUUAGAAUUAUGUGCGGCAGUACUUGCAUGCAAUAUCAAGGAUACUGUUACUCAGCACUUGUCACUUGACCUUGACUCCACGACUAUGUACACGGACAGUAAAAUUGUGUUGGGAUAUAUAAAUAACGAACGUCGUCGUUUUUAUGUCUACGUCAGUAAUCGUGUGGAUAUGAUCCGUCAGUCAACAUCUCCAAACCAAUGGACUUAUAUAUCAUCAGAAGAAAAUCCAGCCGAUAUUGCCACACGAUCUAUUGCUGCAACCGACAUUACCCAAUGUGCUUGGAUCCAAGGACCUACGUUUUUACAUGACAUCAGUUCAGCUGUGACAUCUGCCAUAGACUAUCAGUUGAUUGAUCCAAGUUCUGAUAUCGAAGUCAGACCCUUGAUAAAUGCUUCUAAAACCACUUGCGCUUCACAAAACACUCUAGGUGUUCACCGCUUUGAAAGAUUUUCCGAUCUCUAUGCACUUCUUCGUGCAAUUGCUCAUUUGAAACGAUUGGCUAAGUAUUUCUCAAAUUCACUUGAACAAUCCAAACCAUUUGGAUCAACACUUACAAGCCAUGAACUGUUAGAAGCAGAGAUAUUUGUGUUGAAAGAAGUUCAAUGGUCAUGUUUUUCUAAGGAAAUUAGUGCUCUUAAGGAGGGGAGGAAUAUCCCAAAGUCAAGUGCUAUUCUUCCACUUACCCCAAUUCUAGAUGACAAUGGUAUAUUGCGCGUGGGAGGACGUUUAAAACGUUAUAAAGCAGCAGAUGCAUUAUUUAGACUUUCAUCCAGUCAUAAUUCCAAGAAAGCACCACAUUGGAGAGCUUAUCAUUCGUCAUUGUCACGAAGGUGUUCAACACCAAGGACGUCACCUCACGGAAGGUAA